UAAUUAUUUUUAACGUUGCUGUUUUAUGAUGUAUGCACUUUGAUGCUAUUCCUCAGACUAAUCAUUACAUGUACUCAUUGGGCUUUGCCUGAUACUGUGUUGAAUUGUGGGCAUUUGACUUUGCCUUUUUGUAGUUUUACAAUUUUGUGUAAUCUACCUCAAAUGAGUAAUUUUCCAGUACUGCAUUUGUUUCCUAUGCUGGCAUUUCUUGUUCAGUAACUUAAGGACUAUCUUGUCUCUCAAUUCAGAGACUAAUUAUCCAGGUUAGAUUGACCGGUUUCACUGCUUCUUAGCAACCUCAUGGAAGGAUUUGAGAAAGAAAUGUAAAACAGAGCACCUGGUUUAUGCCUAAUGUUGAGGGGUCCCAACAAACUUAGACUACCGUGCUGUGAAAGAGCUUGUGACUGAGUCACAGAAGCCUCUUUAGUAUUCAGGUUGUAAGACUAGUGAUUGCUACAGGACCUCAGGCACAGGUUACAGAGAGUGAAAGAGUGUGAGCAGAUGUCGGAAAAGAGGAACAGAACCUCAGUGAGAGUGUGCACUGUUAGUAAUGGCGCCUGAUGGACGCCAUGAUGUUCAUCAAUAAAUAAGUGUUGUCAAAUAAUUUAUGACAGGUAAUUGAUAGUGUGUAAUGAAUGAAUGCUUAAUAAUUGAUACCUAAAAGCAGACUGCCUUUGUCAGCUAAGCUUUGGAUGUUUUCGUGAGCAGUGCGCUUUCUGUGUUAUUUUUCUACGGACUAGCAUCAUGGAUAACGAGAAAAUGGGGGAGAUGCCUGUGCCGAGAACGGACAGUGUGAGAGUGGCUGUCCGAGUGCGGCCUUUCAGCCAGAGAGAAAAGAACUCGGGAAGCCAAUGUGUGAUUUCCAUGCAUUCCCGAAGCAUCACCAUCCGGCACCCUAAGAAUGAAGACCAUGUGAAGACCUUUACCUUUGACCUGGCAUACUGGUCUCAUGAUGGAUUUCAAAAAGAUGAAGAUGGUCUCCUUAUUCCAUCUGAUCCAACUAGUAAAUUCGCAAGCCAGAGUGAUGUCUUCCAUGAUAUAGGAAGGGGAAUUCUAGACAGUGCCUGGCAAGGCUACAAUGCUACUCUCCUGGCCUACGGCCAGACCGGCUCUGGAAAAAGCUACUCCAUGGUUGGCUUUGGUACAAACAAGGGUAUUGUUCCAAGAGUGUGUGAAGAGCUCUUCCAAGCUAUUGAGAAGCAAAAGGAAAAUCUAGAACUCCAGGUCAUGUUUAGCAUGCUGGAAAUCUACAAUGAACAGAUCAGGGAUUUGCUGUCUAGAACCACAGCUCCCGGAAGGUUAAGAGUCAGGGAGGAUCCACAGCUGGGUUUUUUUGUGGAAGGUCUGAAGUGGGCGCCUUGUGAGGAUUAUGCACAAAUUGAGAAGCUGGUGGAGCAAGGAUCAAAAAUCAGGAUGACAGCAUCCACCAACAUGAACGCCAGCAGCAGCCGAUCCCACUUGCUCAUUGCCAUCCAGGUCAAGCAGGUUUUCCUGGACAUAGCUCUCACCAAACAAUCCAGCAUCAACAUGGUGGACUUGGCAGGAAGCGAGAGGCAGAGAUCAUCAGGAUCUGAAGGAGACCGUCUAAGGGAAGGAUCAAGGGUCAAUUUAAGCCUAACCAGUUUAGGGAACGUCAUCAGCGCUCUGGCAGACUUGGCCAUGGGGAAGAAAGUUCUGCAUAUCCCCUACAGGGAUUCUGUUCUGACCAAACUGCUCCAGUCAGCUCUGGGUGGAAACAGCCGGACAACACUGCUUGCAGCCCUGAGUCCGGCUGACAUCUGCUAUGAGGAGACCUUGUCGACGCUGAGAUAUGCCGAGAGGGCUAAGAAGGUUCGAAACAGAGCUGUGAUCAACACCUGUCCACUGGUGAGAACGUCCAAGGCUGAGAACGCUCUGCUGCUUGGAUUCGUGGGUGCUGGUGCAGCAGAGCACUCAGCCUAUUUCUGGGCAGAACAGCAGCUGGGGACCCGGGGGACCUGGGCCCAGCUGCUGGAGAAGGCACGGAGGGAGUGGGAGCAACAGUACGAGGCACUCACACAGGAGCAGCAGAUGGUAAAGAUUCUCCCGCACAUCCUCAAUGUCAACGAGGACCCACAGCUCACGGGGGUCCUCAAGUUCUUCAUUCACAACGGCUCCUGUGAUGUUGGUCGGGCUACUUCAAAUGCCAUCUGCCUUCAAGGCCUUGGAAUUUCAGAUAAACAUGCUUCCUUCGUGAAUUUGGAUGGUAAAGUGACAGUCGCUCCAUACAGCAAGUGCAAAGUCAUUGUUAAUGGGGUACCUGUCACCAACAGGACAAAGCUGCAGCAUCUGGACCGCAUCAUCUUGGGAUCCAACAGUGCCUUCCUCUACAUCGGGUUUCCCUCUGAGCGAGGUGCUGAAGACCUGAGCAGGUUCGACUAUGACUUUUUCCAGCUAGAGCGAGCAGCUGCUGAGGGCGUGAGUGUGGACAUGCUUGAUUCUUCGAGCCCUGGAGAUGACCAAACCAACCCCAGCAUCUUAGCUGUGUUUCAGGACUACAUCAAACUCAUGCCACUGGUUGUGGAAGCAAAUCAGAUGAGUGAAGAGUUGAAGAAGGGGCUUAAAAUGGAAUUGAAAGUGAAGAAUUUAGCAUUGUCAGAUUCCAAGGGCUAUGACCUCCAGAAAGAGGUCAUGGUGAAGGUGACCAAACAAGGGACUCAUGAGGUAUGGAUUUGGUCAAAGGCCAAGUUUAUCAAUAGGAAAUUCCUGAUGGAGGAACUUUACGAGCGUUUUCUAGAGAGCAAAGACAGCCACGUGGCUCAGGAAGAUGACCCUUUCUGGGACCCUGUGGAGGCUGUUCACUUGGGCUCGGCACAUGUCUGGCUGCAGUCCCUGGCUCACCGCACGAUGCUGGAGGAGCAGGUAGAGUUUCUGAACUGUGACGGGCUAGAGGAGGCAGUGCUGCACAUUCGAGUCACCCCCUGCUCCCCAGAAGGAUGGGCACAUGGUGAGGAAGAUAUGGUUAUCGACCCCUUGGAGCUAUUGGGCAGGAGGACUGACUUCCAGAUUCACAUCGUCCAGUGCCUUGGUGUCAAGUGGCUAAAGGAAGAUGCAACCCGGGGCAUUCAGAUGGGGUACAAGAUUUAUGAUCUUCCAAACACUUUGUAUACCAAACCUGUGUGGAAAAGCGUGAAUCCCAGAAUUGAAGAGAUGGUCCACUUUGCAGCCUUGGGUGUGUCUCGAGAGUUUCUGAAUUACUUACUGACGAAUGCCCUCAUUGUCGACUUGUGGGGCCUCCAAGAAGGCUGUGCUCACUUGGGUGCCUCUCAGCUGGACGUCCUACUCACAGGUGAAGGUCACAUCAUCGUAGACACCAAGACAUUUUCCAGUGUGAAGGAUGGGGGCCAGAUCACGCCAAACCAGGUGCCAGAACUUUAUCAGAAGCUGCUCAAGUCAGAGGAGGAGAUGGAGCUGCUGAGAGACAUUAACAGGACCCUCAGAGGAGAAAAUGUGUUUCUCAAGGCAUCACUGGAAAAAGCUGGUUCUGUUCCACAGGCCCAGAAGACGGAUAAUCCAGAAGGAGCUACAGUGACAGCUGCUAGAGAGACUAAGCAAGUGUGCACUCAGCAAGCCAGGUCCAACGCAGAGCUGGCCAGAGCUCUGAAGGUGUUCUAUCGAGGCAUGAGCGUGGCCAGAGGACAGCUCCUCAGGCUGAGGCAAUGCAGACCUCCUGAAGAUGAUCAAAUGCUUCGGCCUUUUGUGCACCAGCAGUCACAGAUGCUGAAGGACUUGGAGGACCUGCUUGAAUCUAGUUUACACAAGUUAAAGACUGAUGUUGCUUUCAUAGUGAAGAAGAAGAAGAAAGAGUAUCUACUGCCCAGCCAACAGUGAAAAUGAGCCAGCUGAGAACUGCAAACAUGCUCUGACUUAGUAAGCUUCAUAGACACAUGGGCCACUCGACUCUUUUCCGACGAGGACCUGCUGUGUGGAACAGAAUUGCCCGAUCUUGACUUUGUACCUCUAGCCCCACUACAGGGAUCACAGACCUAUGCCACCACCACACUGGGCCUUAACUGGGUUUUAAAUUCCUGUCAAAAUUGCCAGGUGGUAGUGGCACAUGCCUUUAAUCCCAGCACUUGAGAGGCAGACGAAGGAUCUCUAUGAGUUACAUGCCAGCAUGGUCUACAGAGUCAGUUCUA